CAAAGUCUCACCUUUUCUGAUUCUCCAAAGUCUCACUCUUUCGUUUCUUCCUUCAAACAAAUCCCACAAGGCAUAACCCAUUCUUCACACCCUUUUGGCCUCUUUUUUUGAUCCCAUUUUGUCCACUUUGGACCACUGAAUAAUAAAAGUUGCAAACUUGAUUUGUUUCCUUUAAUAAUUCAAGUCUUCUUUAUGGUAUUUUUUUUUUUUAGGGGACUUUAAUAACUUCUUUUUAUUGCAUUCUUUGUUAGGUCUGAAUCAAUCAAAUUGACUAGUCUGCUAAUUUUUUUGGUCCCAUUUAAACCCUCUGCUGUGCUCUCCUGUUUCUCCCCAUCAAGAAACCCAUUUAGUAGUGAGUUUUUGCCAUUUCAGGCUUCUGGAGCUGAGUGAUUGGAAUAGUUUCCUCAAAGGUUGAAUGAAAUGGCAGUUGAACUUUGCUCAGAGAAUUGUGAUGCUUCUUCUGGGAGUCCAAGAAUUUCUUUCUCACAUGACUUUUCCCAAUCUGAUGUCAUACCUGUUGAGCAACACCCUUUGAGAUCAAACUCUUCUGGUUUGAAUUCAAGCAUUGAUUUUGAUUUUCGUGUCAGUGAAAGCUUCGAGCUUGAAUCAUCUUCAGCAGAUGAGCUUUUCUCAGAUGGGAGGAUCCUUCCCACUGAAGUCAAGAGAAAGAAUGCUCCUUUGAAGCAAACGGGUCAAUUAGCACCACACCCUCCAUUGCCUCCUCCAUAUGCUGGUCCUGACAGUGCUUCUACAAGUAAAAACUUGAAGAAAGAGAACCCCAAAGAAAGCAAGUAUUUGAAUGAUGGAUUGUGUGACAAGCAAAGUUCCAAGUCUUUUUGGAGCUUCAAGAGAAGUAGCAGUUGUGGCAGUGGAUAUGGAAGGAGCUUUUGCCCUUUGCCACUUCUAUCCAGAAGCAAUUCAACUGGAUCUACCCCAAGUGUUAAGAGGAAUCCACAGUCAAAGGAGGGUCCUAAUGUUAGGCAAAAUUCCCAAAAACAUUCUUCCAUAAGGUUUUCUCACUCUUUUGUGCCAAACAGUUAUCAAAAGCCUCCAUUGAAAAAGGGUCAUGGAUCUUAUGGUAACAGUGUUCGAGUCAAUCCUGUCCUGAAUGUUCCUUCUGCAAACCUAUUUGGUUUGGGUUCAAUUUUCUCCAAUAAUAGAGAUAAGAGCAAGAAGAAGUAGUUUUAGUUUACAUUUCAACUCUAUGCUUCAAUUCCCUUAACUUGCAAAUCAGUUGGGUCUAUCUUUUUCUUUUUUUCUUUUUUCCUAUGUACUUCUUGGGUUUACCAUGGGACUAAAAAAAUGAUACAUAGGUUAAAUUUUUUGAAAGGUGGAAUGGUUUGCAUCAAGAAGACAAAGUGAUCAAAAAGAGAUAUUUGUGAAGGUGAUGGACAAGAAUGACAUUAUGCAGGCACAUGCUUUGGGGCACAAAAUGACAGGUAACUGUUUUCAUGGCUGUCCCUUGCUUGUGUUUUGUUCCUCUGCUUUUGUUCUUUGGACUAUGUGUAAAUACAUUGACUUUGAUUAGUAUCUCUCUCUCUCUCUCUUGGGGUUACUUUGGAUCUCUCUUACUCAAUAUGAAUAAGAGGCU